GCCCCCCCGCGCAGAGGCUCAACACGUGCGGAGUGCCCGAGUCGUGUGGACUUCCGGUGCUGGAGAGACGACGCAGAGGCGCGCGGAGAGAUGAGGCCAGGUUUUAGCCCUCGUGGUGGAAGAGGCGGCUUUGGAGACCGAGGUGGGAGAGGUCGUGGUGGCUUUGGAGAUCGGGGAGGACGAGGAGGUUUCAGAGGUGGCAGAGGUGGUGGAUUCAGAUCACCAGGCGGUGAUGGAGGGUUUCGUGGUGGACGUGGCACUCCUCGAGGAGGAAGAGGUGGAGGAGGAAGAGGUAGAGGAGGAAGAGGUGGCUUUAGAGGGGGAAGUAAAGUAACAGUUGAGCCCCAUAGACAUGAAGGGGUGUUCAUCUGUCGUGGGAAAGAGGACGCUUUAGUUACCAAAAACUUAGUGGUUGGCGAGUCCGUAUAUGGAGAGAAAAGAAUAAACGUUGAGGAAGGAGAAACAAAAAUUGAAUACAGAGCCUGGAAUCCCUUCCGAUCCAAACUGGCAGCUGCCAUCCUUGGGGGAGUUGACCAGAUCCACAUUAAGCCUGGUGCGCGAGUGAUGUACCUUGGAGCGGCUUCUGGGACUACAGUGUCUCACGUCUCUGAUAUUGUGGGGCCUGAAGGUUUAGUGUAUGCAGUGGAAUUCUCUCACAGGUCUGGCAGAGACCUCCUUAAUGUAGCCAAGAAAAGAACCAACAUCAUCCCCAUCAUUGAAGACGCCAGACACCCACAUAAGUACAGAAUGCUUGUUGGAAUGGUCGAUGUAAUCUUUGCUGAUGUGGCCCAGCCAGAUCAAACUAGGAUUGUUGCUAUUAAUGCACACAAUUUCCUAAAGAACGGUGGCCAUUUUGUAAUUUCAAUUAAGGCAAACUGCAUUGAUUCCACUGCUGCUCCUGAGGCCGUCUUUGCAGCUGAGGUCAAGAAGAUGACGCAAGAAAAUAUGAAACCACAAGAGCAGCUCACACUUGAACCUUAUGAGCGAGACCACGCAGUUGUUGUUGGCAUCUAUCGGCCGCCACCCAAGCAAAAGAAGUGAUUUUUGACUGGACUUGGAGUAAUGGAAGGUGAAUUAAAAGCCCAGUCAUACAGCCGGUCCCACAUUAUUUUAUUUUCAUUUUUUUGUUUAUAUCUUUUUGGAGUUAUGAAUUUUUCCAUUCACCUGGUUUUCUGUAUGUAAACAGUUAAUAUUGUAAAUGUUCAAACAUUUUGUACUAUUUUUGUUUUUAAUAUUUGUUUAUAAACUCUUUAAAACUUCAAAUUUGAUUCAUUUUACCUUCUAGUAAAAAUUUUGUGCCAUCUUACUGUAGAAAAAGUUAAAAUACAAGUUUACGGUAUUUUAGGACAUAACAGUGUCACUUAGCAGAUGCGUGUUGUGAUUGCAGUGGGGUCUCGGUGACCACUGAAACUUUUAGAACAACUUCUGGAAAUCUUAGGAAAUGCCAGGGCACAGACAACUGCUGUUCUUGACCCGCUCAAAUAAAAGUCCAAGAUGGUGCUGGUAUUUAUCACACCAA